CUUCUCCCUUCCUUUUUUUCCCCCUUCUUCCCCUUCCCGUUCACUUUCCCUUUCCUUCUUUCCUUUCCCCCUGAACAGAUGUGAAAAUAAAAAAAAAAAAACAAUUUUCACAACAGGUAUUAACUCUCUCUGUCAUCUUUCACCAGAGCCAUGCAUGUGCAGGGCUAGUUCUGCAGCCCUGCUUAGAUCACUUGGGUUUUGUUCUUUAGAUGUCCAAGAACCACGUAAGGUUCUAGUGAAGAAUGUGUGCAAUAAGGAGAAGGUAAAUGUUUUUAAUCCUUUUUGAAACGUUAGCAGAUCCAUAUUGUAUUUAUUUCAUUUUGCAGGUGGUUGAAUUAUAUCACACACCUGUGAAGUCCCUGAAAAAAUUCUUGAAGAGGUAAAAUGUAACUUUUGGGAAUCCUCUACUGAGUUUGACAUAUCUGCCAUCCUCCUAGGGUCAGCAGAAAUAAGCAGGCAUCUCCAUCGUGAAUUAGACACCUUCCUCCCUAGGCUGUGGGUUUGAGGGUAAUUCUGGGUUUUCAACCAUUUUGGUGUUUCCUAGGGAUGCUGGAUUGGGUUUCUUUGGCUCCCACAAGAGUUUCUGAUUCUGCUGUAAUGUUAAAGUCGUGCUACAGAGUUGGAGUUCACUGAAUCAUUCCACGUCGUUCCCUGCUCAGAGAUCACCUGCAUGCUCAGGGAGAACGGAUUGUGGUUUCAUUGGUCAAGACGUGUAACGGUGAUUUUGAGCACCAGUUGACUUAGGAUUGUCAGCAAACUAAAAUGUAUCUGACAUAGGUGAUAAUUUACCUCUAAGAGUGCCUAUUUCUGGGUAAAUUCUGUGAAGAGUUUACAUCUACUGGUUUCUAGGACUUAGGGAACUCUGAUGCUCUGAGCUGGAAAUACUAAUGGCUUUUUCAAGAUGUAGUUUACCUCUUUACUACCAGGGGGCAGUGGUUGGAACCAACUGAAGCAAAGGAUUCUCACUUUCUGGAAAGAGGAACUGCAGAGAUUUACAGAUGCCUAUGAAUAAGGAGUUCAGCCACAACACAAAUAAUAGAGUGGCAUUAGUGAAAGCUCUGGGUGACUUCCAGGGUAUGACAAAGAUUAUUCUCUGAAGUUGGCUUUACCUGGCGAUGGUCAUUUAGUUGAACCCCUCCUGGUCAGUAGAAAAAGCAGCAGUUCUGUGAAGGACUCCAGUUUAGCCACUCCGCCUUUACAGAGGGAUCUGUCCUGACCUCCUCCUAGAUGAGCUGCAUUAGGCAGACGUGAACUUGCAAUAAUGCCCUCCAGAGGACAGCAAUCAGUCAGGAAUCAGCAGGAGGUGAAACGCACGCAGUGCUGGGACAGAUGAUUCCAAAUGAGCCUUUCAUUCUUCCUUCCUCACAAGGUAGCAUGGCAGCAAGGCAAAUACUGAGAUUUUGAGCAAGAUAAAUACUGAAGUCGUACGUGACUAAAUAAAUGUUUUGCUGUCCUCUCCAUGACAGAUGACUUCCCCAGAACUCAUUUUUUCAGCCCAUGACAUUGCAUUUUUUUUUCCAAAAUGUGUAUACGUAAGAGAGAUUUUUUCCCCUGUGUGUAGUUUCUUUUCCCCUCUAAACAACAAUUCAAGUAUCAUUUAUACUUGCAAAAUAAAUCAGUAUUCCAAGAGAUAUUUCCAAGACCUCCUGAGGGCACUCUUCUUACAAGGGUUGUAAUCAUAACCUUGGUCUAUAAUGGGGGAAGAAGUCCUGCCCUGCACCCUCGUUGUGCCUCACACUGUCCUUCCCUUAGCACAACAGCCGUAGACUCACAGAUCCUUCACAGUCCCAAAGGACCAGGAUGGAGGAGCACAGUGGCAACCAUGGCUAGUGUUUCACUCGAGGAGAAAGAAAUAUCCAGGGGAAAAACAUAGGGAAAGCAAUCAUUUUGUAGGGUUAACAGUAAUCCUGUGUGUUUCCUCAUCUCUGGUACAGAAUUCGUUAUGAACAAUGAUGAUGAUGACGAACCACGUCUCCUUGCUUUUCCACGUGCACAGGCUGUGUGUUGUGCAUGGCUGCCCAACUGACCAAGGAUGGGAAUGCAAGCGUUGUGAAGGAGUUCAUUCUCAUCGGCCUCUCUGAGAAUCGAGGCGUGCAGGAGGUGUACUUUGUGAUGUUCCUUUGCUUCUAUACGAUUAACGUGGUGGGAAAUCUGCUCAUUAUUGUCACCGUCAUUAGCAGCCAACAUCUGAACUCCCCCAUGUAUUUCUUCCUCUGCUACUUGUCCUUUGUAGACAUCUGUUACUCCUCCGUCACAGCUCCCAAAAUGAUUGCCGACUUCCUUGUCGAAAACAAAACCAUCUCCUUUGCGGGCUGCAUAGCACAGCUCUUUGGGGCCCAUUUCUUUGGCUGCACGGAGAUCUUCAUCCUCACAGCGAUGGCCUACGACCGCUACACGGCCAUCUGCAGACCUCUGCACUACACCGCGCUCAUGACCAGGCGCGUGUGCGGCCGCAUGGUGGUGGGCUCGUGGGUGGGAGGCUGCGUGCACUCCGUCGUGCAGACUCUUCUGACCGCUCGGCUCCCCUUCUGUGGCCCCAACAAAGUUGACCACUACUUCUGCGAUGUCCACCCCCUGCUACGACUGGCCUGUGCUGACACCUACGCCGUCGGCGUCAUCGUCAUCGCCAACAGCGGGAUGAUAACUCUGAGCUCUUUCUUCAUCCUGGUGGUGUCUUACGUGGUGAUCUUGGUUUCCUUGAGAAGUCACACGUCCAAAGGACGGCGCAAGGCUCUCUCCACCUGUGGGUCCCACAUCACAGUGGUGGUUCUGUUCUUCGGGCCGUGCACGUUCACCUACAUACGCCCACCCAGUGAUCUCUCGAGGGAGAAGAUCGUGGCACUGUUUUACACCAUCAUCACCCCCAUGCUGAACCCCCUCAUCUACACACUGAGGAAUAAAGAGGUAAAGAGUGCCAUGAGAAAACUGUGGGGCAGAAGAGUAGGAAGUGAAAAGGGAAAGGUAUAGAACCGUGGCCAGUUUUUCCAAAGGAUCUCUCAUACGAUGUAUUUGGUCAGCGUUGCCACAAAAACGCCUUUGGAAUAAAAUCUUAUUGUUCGCUCAUGCUGAAGAUUCAUCGUUUGAUUUGCAGGACAUGGUAAACUCUGUGACAAGUUGGCACUUCCUUUCUGUUCUCUUGUCAAUGAGCACAGGCCCCCAGCAGGGCUCCCAGCCACUACCUGAAACACCAGCAAAUAGAUAAAUGCUAUCAAAAAUACUGGAUGUGCUGUAGGAUCUCAACGAGUUCUCAAUUAAAGCUCUGACACAAGGUGCCAGCUGGGUCAUUUUCUGAGGCAGGUGAUGGGAAUGAAGGCUUUUUCCUUUCCUCUGCAGUGCAUCAAGUCAUUUCUGCAGUACCUCAUGUAGCACUGAUGCCGUCCUUCCCACCACCGCCUCUUCCCUUUGGCUCUAGCUCAGAUUCUUUAUCUUAAUUAUGGACUAACACAGAGUCACAGAUGUAGUGAAAGACGUCAUGCUGACUGUAGAAAAUGAAGUGACCGCCAAGGAAGGCAUUGGAGACACAAUUUAAUGUGGCAGUGGUUUGGAAACCAUUCCCACAGAUGAGGUGAUUCCUACCCACAUUUACACACCUACAGAAGGGAAGGGGCACAUUGUGCACGGGAACAGCUGCUACAUCUGCUGCUGCAGGAGGGAAGAGAAGAGAGGUGAGGACAAAAGACCAAGGCUGUCACAAAGCGAUGAGCUGCAGCAGCUUAACACCCUGACACAAGUGGGAUUUAAGGUUACCAGGUGUUCCUAGCCCAAGCAGGGGGUUAGAACUUAAGAACUUCCUUUUUUUUUUUUUUAUUUUUUCAUGUGCUUUGUGAUGAACAACACCAGGAGUAUUCUGGAUGUUCCACUUUUGGGUACUGCUGGACAAAAUUCAUAUCUUAUGGGAAGUGUCACUGAAAAUAACAUUAACUACUCUACGCAUUGCUAAGGAUCCUUAUAAGAGUUUGAAGGACUGAGCAGUUCUGUGUUCUGUAUUAUCUAAGUGAAAAUACCUGCUAAGCAGCAAGGGCUAACCACAAACCUUUCUAAAAUUUGGAAUUAUUUCCUGCUUUACUUCUUUUUCUUUUUUUUUUUUCCAUCCAAAUUUGUACAGACCAGAUAUCUAAGGGUUAACAGCCCGUAGCACAGGGAAGCAUUGAUUUUAAAUUGAAACUGUCCCAAAAAGGCAUCAAAGGGAGAAUGAUUCAUAUUUAGCAUAGGAGUGAUGAGUAUGUCUGUGUACGGAUGAUGUCCCGCAUCGAACACCACUGCUGGCAGCUCCUUUCUGUGCUUCAGGCCCUGUUCACUCGGUGUCCGUGGAGAACAAAAGCACUGUGGCAGAGUUCAUCCUCCUUGGACUCAGGAAAGAUAAGG